AACGUGAAGCUCCUGAAGGACAGACUGAGGGUUCAUUACACUGCUGCUCCUGUCAUCAUCGCGGUCCAGGAUGAGUGUGAGUCUGCUGUCGUCUGCGCUGAGGGCUCUGUGUCUGUCGGGCUCGCGGACGGUCAGUUCUCAGUGGGCAGGACCGUCCGCUGCUGCGAGCGCUCUGAUUGGCUGCCGCGGCUUCAUGACGAGUGCGUGUCAGCUGCAGAACCGCACGCUGUGGAAGCAGAGGGAGAAAUACACCAUCCGGCCAAUCGGCAUGAAGAAGACUGGAGGACGAGACCACACCGGUCGGAUAAAGACCCAUGGUAUCGGCGGCGGACACAAGCAGCGGCACCGCAUCAUUGAUUUCCAGCGUCUGCGCAGUGAGCCGGGAAAAGAGGAGCCGGUGAUGGUGGAGAAGGUGCUGGAGGUCCGAUAUGACCCCUGCAGGUCCGCAGACAUCGCUCUGGUGGCCGGAGGGAACCGUAAGCGCUGGAUUAUCGCCAGCCAGAACAUGGAGGCGGGAGACCUGAUCCAGAGCUGCAGGGGCAUCGGGCGCAUGGCGGUGCUGGCACGGGAAGGAGAUGCCCACCCGGUGGGCGCGCUGCCCGUGGGCACAAUCAUACACAACCUGGAGCUGUUCCCGGGCAGAGGAGCGCAGUACAUCCGAGCCGCCGGAACAUGUGGAGUGCUGCUGCGGAAGGUGAGCGGCACAGCCAUCAUUCAGCUUCCCUCUAAACACCAGAUUCAGGUGUUGGAGACGUGUGUGGCGACGGUGGGCCGCGUGUCAAACGUGGAUCACAACAAGCGCAUCAUUGGUAAAGCGGGCACCAACCGCUGGCUGGGCAUCAGACCGAGCAGCGGCCGCUGGCAGAGGAAGGGCGGGUGGGCAGGACGCAAGAUCAGACCGCUGCCCGCAAUGAAGAGCUACAUAAACCUGCCCACUGCUGCGGCGCGCGCAUGAGGACACACACUCACACACACACACACACAGAUCAGACUGCUGCCCGCCAGGAAGAGCUACAUAAACCUGCCCACUGCUGCGGCGCGCGCAUGAGACACACACACACACACACACACAGAUCAGACUGCUGCCCGCCAGGAAGAGCUACAUAAACCUGCCCACUGCUGCGGCGCGCGCAUGAGGACACACACUCACACACACACUCACACACACACACACAGAUCAGACUGCUGCCCGCCAGGAAGAGCUAUACACACCUGCCCACUGUGGUGGUACACACACACACAUCCUGAAAGAACCACACUGAGAGUCUCUCACACACUCUGGCUGUGCUGAAAGUCUUUUAUUGAUCAGCUGGUGUGUGAAACACACACUGAACAGUAAACUCGUCUCUAACAGUGAGGAUCUGUGCUGAAGUGUGUGAGUCUGAAACACACCUGACAGACACAGGCGCACAGUAAACACACUCAGGAGUUCACCAUCAGCCGGACAGUCUUGAGGUCUGUGUGACUCGAUUAGACCCUGUCUCUGCUGUUAUUAUGGUAAUAUUAAUAAACAUGACUCGUCAGGAGAUGAGCUGAGCUGAGAGCUGAUCUGACGUCAGUGUGUUACUCAUAUCCUGCACAGCUCUGAAAUGGGUUUAUUUUUCAGCCUGUUUACCAGGUCGAGCACACGUCUCACUGUAUUCCCUCUGGAGAGUGUCUGUAUUUCAGUCUGGCUGGAAUAAAGGCAGUUGUUGAGAUGA